AUGGACGAUGAUUUCGGAUUUGAUCUGGAAGCAGUCAGGAUUAUUUCCUUACCACAGACAGGAUACUACGUUUCUGAUUUCAUCACAGAAGAUGAAGAGAAUCUCCUCUUACAAAAGGUAUAUAUUCCUUUCAUUAACUUUAGCAGACAUCACUUCUUAACUGACUGCGAGUUAAAAUCCGCCCCCCGACCCCGCUGGAAAUAUCUCUCCCACCGCCGUCUUCAAACUUGGCCCUCGACUCUAACCAAAUCAAACACCCUACUUAACUCGCCUUUGCCAUCAUGGCUCAUCUCGCCAAUCAUCCAACCACGCUUCAACAAACUGGGUAUCUUUGCUGACUCCCCGCACGGCGCGCCAAAUCAUGUCCUGAUCAAUGAAUACGUACCGGGACAGGGCAUUAUGCCGCACGAGGAUGGAAGCGCGUAUUACCCGCUCGUGGCUACUGUUAGUCUUGAAGCACCGAUUGUGUUGGAUUUGUAUACAAAACGGAAAAGCCAAGGCCGAGAGGGACGAGAUGGGGACGGAGCAGAAGAACAGCGGCCGCAAUUUCGUAUUUUGCAGGAGAGACGUAGUCUGCUGGUUACCACAGGCGAACUUUAUACAGAUUUUCUGCACGGGAUUGCAGAAUCGACUAGAGAGGAAGGGUUGGGGUCAGAGUCGGUGUGUAAUUGGGACUUGUUGCGAGAGAAAGAUCGGUAUGAGUGUGGAUGGUUUGAUAGGGCGACGAGGACUAGCUUGACCUAUCGGGAUGUAAUCAAGGUCGCCAAAGUGGGAAAUAAGUUCAAGUUCUUGAAUGGGCGGUGA